ACACUCUCUCGCUUAGGCCCUUCCAACACAUGCCUGCAGGGCCUAUUGCAUCAUCUCUCGCAACGAGCGAGUAUAUAAGGCGAAGCGGGACGAGCCUACCAGCCUAUUUUUUGUUUCUUCUAGCACCUGUCUGACCCCACCUAAACAUGGAAUUGUCUACCGAUUUGUGGGAAAAGAUCUCGUAUUCUCUUGCUGAUCAUCCACCAUCACUUUGUCUUCUUUCGAAGUCUUCCUCAAAGCUUCGCGAGCUUGUCCAGUUCGUCAUUGGACAUUACGAGGCUCAUCUCCACAUCACGCUUCCGAAGGAUGAGUGCUGCGACGAGGAGAAGUGUUCCAAGGAGAAGGUGCAAUUCGAAAUGAUUCUCAAUCGGAAAGGAAGCUACCGACGUGGAAGAGCUCAUUUCCACUCCAUCUUCACGUGCCUCACUGACAAGAUCGACUUGGCAGUCAAUGAUCUUUUGGAGCUGUUCGCCAAGGAACUCAUUACUCUUCGAUUCAACAACUUCCCUGAAAAUUCGGAUGUUUUCACCGUCUUCAACAAGCACUCUUUGCCAAAGUGUGAGGAUAUCUGCUUCAAUGGAUCACUUCCAGUACACAAUGGAGUCUCCGAUAUGUUCCACUCGUGCCAUAAUAUGAAGCGCCUUGUGAUUAGUAAUCCGAAUACUGACACCGAUUUCUCCCAGUUUUGGCCAAAGUUGAAAGGAAGCAAAGUGGAAACUCUGGAUCUAAUGGACAUCGAGUCAUUCCACCACACUUCCACGAAAGAGUUCAAGCUUCCAUUAAGCUUGAGACAACUUUUCUUCUGUCCAAAGCAAGAAGUCAAGUGCAAGCAUGCUGAAAACAUUGCCACACUUCUAUACUCCGCGAAUUGGAAACGGGUUUAUAUCCAUUCGGAAGACGUUCUCGAAGCAAUCAACUCUAAACUCUACAAACGGCUCAAAUCUGUCACAGAGUUCUGCUUCUCAUCGAAAGCAUUCACCAUCGAUUAUGCAAUCGCCUUCCUUCAAAAAUGUGACCAGGUCAAGUGCUUCAACUGGUUCGGACUUCAUUCAUGUGUGGCUCCGAUUGUAAUUGCACGACUUCUGACUGACAUCCCACGGAGCAUUGUUUUCGGUGGCUGCGUUGCUUGUCGAAGUGGAGAAACCGUUGGAAACGGUGGAUUCAUGGAAGUUGGAAAUCGCGUCGCUGUCGUUCAAGUCACCAAACUUCUCGAACGCGAAGAUUUCAAAUCUCUCUACGGGAAAACUUUGGCUGAUGCAGUUCUCUUCGAGCGGCCAUUCAACGCCAACUCUGUAUCUGUUAUGUAUAUACAAAAGAAGGAUUCAGUUUGCGGUCCAAACUGUCUCGAUAUUCAUGAGAUCUCUCAAAAAGCUGGUCUAGUUCUCUAAACUGUUUAUUUUUCAUAUUACUGUACAUUUUUGCGUUCAAAUUGCCUUUAAAAGUACAACUCAAGGAAUUGUCCCUAUGGCUUUCAGUUAAUAUUUUCAUUCGGUUCUUCCAGUAUCAGGCCUCGUUCUCUGUUUUUUUUUCUGAUUAAAAAUAAAAUUAAUCAUUCAUUAUGAAAUGUUGAAUUUUCAAAUAAAUGAUACGAUUACA